GAGAAGCCGAAUUAUGAAACCGGGAGGCCCAUACUAGAAGCGAUGCCUCUAUAAAAUGUUUAAACUCAUUCAGAAACCCUAGCUUUCAGUUGGCGCGGGUGAGGUAGAACCCUUCCACUGUGGUGACUCUGCGAUGGGUGCCUACAAGUAUGUUUCAGAGCUAUGGCGCAAGAAGCAGUCUGAUGUCAUGCGCUUCUUGCAGCGGGUGAGGUGCUGGGAGUAUAGGCAGCAACCUUCCAUUGUUCGUUUGACAAGGUCUACCCGCCCUGACAAGGCUCGUCGCUUGGGCUUCAAGGCUAAGCAGGGCUAUGUGAUUUACCGUGUUCGUGUUAGGAGGGGUGGCCGAAAGAGACCAGUUCCCAAAGGUAUUGUUUAUGGGAAGCCCACAAACCAGGGAGUUACCCAACUGAAAUUUCAGCGAAGCAAGAGGUCAGUUGCCGAGGAGCGAGCUGGACGGAAGCUGGGUGGACUUAGGGUCCUCAAUUCUUACUGGGUGAAUGAGGACUCUACUUAUAAAUACUUUGAGGUAAUUCUGGUGGAUGUUGCUCAUGCUGCUAUUAGAAAUGAUCCCAGAAUCAAUUGGCUCGCCAAUCCAGUGCACAAGCACAGAGAGCUGCGUGGGCUUACCUCUGCUGGGAAAAGCAACAGGGGUUUACGUGGCAGAGGACAUCUAUAUCACAAAGCACGUCCAUCCCGCAGGGCAACCUGGAAGAGAAACAACACCCUGUCUCUCCGCCGCUACCGUUAAUUUCGCUGUCAUCUUAUUUUUGCUUCAUUUUCUGAAAUACUAUUUUGAGAACACACAGCAUUUGAUGUUUUGACUUUGAAAUUCGAGUUUUGAAUGAUUUAAUCAUCUUUUUCUAUAAAUUGACGAGUUUUUCUAUUGUUAAAUUCAAAGUUCAUACUUGAUAUUA